AUAGGCACGUGCGUCUUCUCACCCCGCCCCAGAAGGAGAAAAGCUCAGCAACUUUAAUAAUGACUCUUUAGAAACAGCAACUUGUUUACUAAAGAGAGAGAGAGAGAAUUAAAAACAUCCUCAGAAGAGGAAGCGUUCUCUGGAAGCUCAGUCUGAUUGUCCCAUGACAGAGAAGUCUCUGUUUGAAACUAAACCGAGUCCUUGUGUAUUCAACCAGCAAGGAGAGAUCUAGCAGUACAAUGGAGGAGGUCCCAUCACAGUAGGGGCCAGAAGGAUGCCAGCAACAAAUAUUCCAUCCUGUCUUUUUUGUGAGGGAUCAGAACCAGAUCAGGGUCCAGUGACUUUUGAGGAGGUGGCUGUAUAUUUUACUUGGGAGGAGUGGACAUUGCUGGAUCCUGACCAGAGGGCCUUGCACAGGGAAGUCAUGGAGGAGAACUGGCAAACUGUAUCCUCUCUCAAAAAUAUUUGGAGGGAGAAAAGUAUAUGUCCCCAAUGUGGAAAGAGCUUUACACACAAAGUAGAGCUUGACGGACACCAGAGAGCCCACACAGAAGAAGAGAGCCGUAUCCAAGAGAAGGCCUACAAAUGCAUUACUGAGACGGACGACACGCUUGCGGCAAUUGCAAGCCAGAUGUGGAGAGACACAAACUUUCCCCUCCUCCCCAUGAGUAUUCCAAGGAAGUCUAUUGUAGCAUUUGGCUUUACUGACGUCAAAAAGAAAACGGAGAAACUGCGCACCGCAAAGUGCCGGUUCUGUGGCGUCCUAAUAACUGAUGGCAUGUCUACCACAUCGAACUUUCUGCGGCACAUUAAGACCCAUUCUGGGAAGCAUGAAGAAUUUAAGCGGUAUCAACAGGAAGUUGGUAGAGAUGGGGCUGCCUCUUCCAGACCGGCCAGGUUUUCAGACUGCCAGUGUGCAAGUCCUGUGGCUCCUUCUGCACCCCUCGUGGAAAAUGCCUCAAGGGGUUACGGACAGAACCACCCCAAACAAAAGAGGAUCGUGCGGUCCAUUGUGAACGAUUUAAUCAUCGGAUGCUCUCUGCCACUCUCUUUGGUCGAGAGACCACAGUUUCGCCGGUUCUGCGCAGUGUUAGACCCGGGUUCUCGAGCCGUGACAAGGGCCGCCGUAACCAUGGAAAUCGACAGACUGUAUGCCAAAGUGAAAGAAGAAGUGAUGGCGCUUCUCACCAAGGCAGAUGAUCUGGCAAUUACGUUAGACAUCUGGUCCAGCCGAAGAAUGCGAGGCUUCCUUGGAGUCACAGCACAUGCCAUCCUCGAUUCCGAACUGAAAACGCGACUCUUAGCGUGUCACAGAUUUCUAGGGCGACACACCCACGAGAACAUCUUUGCCGUGUUUGAAAACAUCUGUGCCUCUUUCAAUGUGAAAGAGAAAAUCCGCUAUGUAGUGACGGACAAAGCAGGUGACAUGAUCACGGCCUUUGCCAGUCAGUUUCCCUCUGCGGACGAAUCACCUGCAACCCAGCACCAAGAGCUGGCAGAAGAAGACAAGAGUUGUGAGUUAGAGGGAGGAGGCAGCACGACAGUGGAGAACUUGGAAUACUGGGAGGAUGUGGACGAAGAUGUGGUUGUUACCCUUGUGCAGCAGGCUGCUUCUUCAGCAGGAACCCGGCAGCCUUUGAAGAGGCUGGCCUGCUUCGCACACGCCCUGCAGUUAUGUGUGAGUGAUGGCUUAAAAGAAGCCAAAAGGAGCACAGCCCUAGCCAAGGUCUUCGGAACCUGUAGUUUGCUGCACACAAGCGCUGUAUUCAAAGAUGCAUUUGAAAGAAGAUUCGGGCCCAAUUUCACCAUUCCAGAAUUCGUCAGCACUAGAUGGAGCAGUACCUUGCACCUCAUCAAUGCAUUCCUUGAACUUGAUGAGGAACAGAUGAGGAAGGCGCUGGAUGAUGGGAACCAGACAAACUUGAAACUUUCCGUCACGGAGUAUUGCCAGCUCAAGGAAUUGAGCCAAAUUCUCCAGCCCUUUCUAGAAGCCACAAUGGUAGUGCAAAGUGACAAGGGGGUGACCAUUUCAGUGGUUGUGCCGUCAGUUGUUGGGCUGUAUCACCACUUGCAACAUCUGCAACCUAUAUAUCUGGAGAGUAUGGUUGUAGCGUUGAGGAACAGCCUGGAGACCAGAUUCACUGGCAUUUUGGUGAUCGCUGGUUUGUUGCCGCCUGUGCCACAGAGCGAGGGUCAGAGGCCUCUGGGCUUCCACGAUUACAUCUACUUCAUUGCUGCUGUGCUGGACCCAAAUUUCCACUUUUGGUGGCUCCAGAAAGUCAGCGACAACGAAGAGGAAACCGCUGAGCUGAAAGAAAAGGUAUUAAGUGAACUUCAGCAGUUCUGCUGCACAUUGGAAAAAAAUCAACCCGGCCUGUUGUCGUCACCCUAUCAGUCUUCCCGCACAGAAGCGGUCUCAGGCGCUCCACAGAAGAAGAAAGCCUGUAUGUCGACUUCUCUGUUUGCAUAUAUUAAGCCGAGUACCGGAACAAGCUCAGCCUCGGACUUGGAGCAAAUGGACUUUGGCGCUGAGAUGCGUUCUUAUAGUUCCCUAGUCACUCAAAGCAGUGAGUGUAGCCCAGUGAAUGUGUUGAGGUUUUGGGGGAGGCAUUGCAAAGAGCUGAGAUUACUCAGCGCUGCUGCGCUGAGUGUGUUUCUCAUUCCGGCAAGCUCAGCACCAGUGGAGCGGGUCUUCGGUGAGGGUGGAAUUGUGAUGAGACCUCUCUGUGGCAGACUGGGGGCCGAUCACGUAGAGAAAAUUGUGUUCCUUAAAUGCAAUCUUGAUAAGUUUGAAUAAUUGCAGCAGGUUAAUUUGUGUGUAAUGUCUAGAGUUUUAGUGUCCCAGCCCUGGGCUGAGGGAUCAAUCUUACCAUGUCGUACUGAGAAAAGUACUUUUUAAAUCUGAUACACAGUUUUGAUAUACUGUAGUUGAGUAAGAGCACAGCUUUUGUGUAAAUCAAUGGCUUGGAUUUUGAUACUAGUAUGCUUUUCAAAGCAAGUUUGUGGUGACAAUCAGAUGCUCAGGGGAAAGGCAGAUGGGACCAGACGUGGGUGGUUCACAAGCUUCAGACCUCCCCACAUACACACCCUCGCAUUUUACAGGGGGAAAAUAAGGAUUUCAGACUUGGACUUGGUACUAAAGACUCAGACUUGGAUUUGUGACUCGGACCCAAAGGCUUACAUUCCUGGAAACAAGUGCUUUGUAAGCAAAUUACCCGGGAAAUAUUUAGAUGGUGAGUUAUGCCUUGUGAGUCUUUUAAAGUGCCUGCACAGGAUCAAAAAGAUACAAAUGCCAGCAAUGUAGGAAAUCUUUUACUAGCAAUUAAAACAUUCUCAUUCCUCAGAGAGUUCACACAGGAGAGAAACUGUACAAAUGCCAGGAGUGUGGGAAAUGUUUUAGCUUCAGUUCACUGCUUGUGAAGAAAGUCGACACAGCAGAAAAAAUGAGCAGUUUUUCUCUCUCUUCCUACUAGGUGGUUUUGAAAACAGAUUUGGCCAUUUGCAGCCCACCCCUCCCACCCAUCAUAUGAUUCCUGACACUGUUUUAAAUCAUGGUCUUAAAGGAAAAUAUAUGCUCAUCAGCUUUAUACAGGCAAUUUAUCAAUUGCAUUUCCUUGAAUUUUUCUCAUUAUGCAGAAGGUUCAUUGCCAAUAAUACUUCAAAUUGCCUCAGACAGGUUCCAGAGAGUCCAAGACUGCCAUACUCUGUGUCUAGUACUUGUGUCAUUAAACUAAAUU